AUGGCAGAACACUCUCCGAGCAGCAGUGCUGCAGCAGGGCAAGAGGUUGUUCAUGAAGACGGCACCAUGGACUCUCUGAGGUCCAAAUGUGUUCAGCUCCUUGUAUCCGCCAUCUGUCCUGAACCACAAGAAGUGGAAACAGCCACAGAACUGGCUGCACAGGUUGAGCAACAGAUCCGCUGCAUCCACACAUCAAAUCAGGUUAAAUACAAAGCCUGUGUAAGAAGCAAGGUGGCCAAUUUGAAGAAUCCUAAAAACGGCCACCUUCGCCAAAGCCUGCUGAGUGGCUCCCUGACUCCGGAGGCCUUCGCCCGCAUGUCAGCGGAGGAAAUGGCUUGCGCCGAGCUUCGGCAACUGAGGGAGGUGUACUCGUCUUGUGGUGUCAGUGAGAGGCAGCUUCCUCGUGGAUUGGAAGGGACGGUGACGCGGCGGCUUCGCUGCGAGCGAUGCGGCGGCUCAGACUGCAGGGUGACACAGGUGAACCGAGGGGCUCUCUUCCUGCCGGGUUGGGUGCGGCGAGGAGGUCCUGACGACGAGGCAAUGACUUUUGUGACUUGUAGCAGUUGUGGGCAGCAGUGGUACCACAGCGGCUGGGUCUGCCUGUGA